GCGUAGGAUGUUAAAUAAUUCCUUGAAUGUUGCUUUAAAUAAACUGGACUCUGAAACAAAAGCAAUUGUCACGGCAUUUAGAAUUGUUUUUGUAAACUUCGUGCACUGAAUACAGGAGAAGGAACCGGAGCUGCCACUGAAUGCUGAUUUGCAUAUUAAUUGUAAACCGCUAUUCAUGUGUUCAGCGACAUUGAUGGUUUGUUUCGGUAUUACAGAACAGAAUAUUUUAGGACGAACAAAGAAUGUCUUAUAAGACGACGGAUCUGCUGAAAAAAAUCAGUUGUCUUCCAUCUAUCAGCAAGAAAGAUGACUCCUAAAAAUGCAUUUGUAGGCUUGCUCUCAAUCCUUAAUCUUUUAGACGGGUAUUUGUGCGGUACAUACUCGAAUGUCUUCGUUCGUGGUGGCUCUGAAGUAUUACCUUUAGAAUACAUCAACUAUGGUGGCCCGGUUGCUUAUGGUGGUCCUCAAAUAGCCCAAAUAUCCGCGGCUCCUAUUGAAUCGGUAGUUUCGUUACAAAAUGCGCUGAACCCUUGUGUGGCGCCUUGCGUCAUCAACGCUCCGAUCCCCGCGUUGGCGCCAAUAGGUUCCGCAGCUAAUGCUCAAAUUGUUGCCUACAAGCCGCCGGUCGCUAAUGUGCCUGUCGUAUUAGCCAAUAAGGAUGAUACAUUUGGCUACCAAUAUUCGUAUGCAGUGUAUGAUGAUGGUACAGGAGAUAAAAAGACACAAAGUGAACAAAGUGAUGGCUCAGUAGUUCAAGGACAAUACUCUUUUAUCCAACCAGAUGGAUACAGACGAGAUGUCGUUUACACAGCUGAUGACUUGAAAGGAUUUAACGCCAUUGUAAAAACGGUGUCACCUGAACCCGAAGUUAUCAAUAAGGAUGCAGCAGUGGAAUCAGUUGAAAAUAAAGAUAUACCUUGUAAGGAACAAAACAAAGAACAAUUAGUAGAAGCACCAAAAAUCGAUGACAAAGCAAUUGAGUCGUUAGACGAAGUUACUGAAGCCGUUGAUAAUGAUGACUCUAAGAGUGGAGAAAAAUCAAGUGAAGAAGUACCCACUCCUAGCACAGACGCAUCAACACCUUCCAAUCCAGAACCAAACGUUGUUGUAUCUUAUAGCGAUUUCGUAAACUGUCUUCAAUCUAAAAGAAUAGCAAGUGCAAAGAAUGCCGUUUCUCCUCUAACUUACAUCCUCAUUCCAUCUUUGAAUGGACUACAAAAAUCUUCAGGACCGUUGACAUCAAUCAACUCUGAUUUGUUUCAUACAACACACAAUAUGUUCAGCAAAAUCGUAGCUUUCGGCGCCUUCUUGGCUGCGGCUAACGCUUAUGGACACGGCCACGCUGUGUCUUCCCAAAGCAUUGUUCACCACGGUGGCCACGGUGGCCACUAUGGCGCUCCUCUAGCCCAUGCUGGCUCUUACGGUUAUGCUACACCUUUGGCAUACGCUCCCGUAGCGUACGCCGCUCCCGUCGCUCACUACGACGGUCAUGACACCUAUGCGCACCCGAAAUACGACUUCGCGUACUCCGUGGCUGACCCGCACACGGGCGACCACAAGUCGCAGCACGAGAGCCGCGACGGCGACGCGGUGCACGGCUCCUACUCGCUGGUGCAGCCCGACGGCUCCGUGCGCAACGUGCACUACACCGCUGAUGACCACAAUGGAUUUAACGCGGUUGUCCACAACUCCGCCCCAUCAGUGCACCCCGCCCCAGCUUACCACCAUUACUAAACGAUGACCAGUGACUUAGGACCCUCAAAUAAUUUAUUAUAUUGUAAAUAUCAGUAAUGUCUUGUUGAAGCUGUGAAUUUGUAAAUAAAGUAUGAAUGAUUGAAA